ACGUCACCGGAAAGGGGUGUGGCUUUUCGCCGGAAGCGGAGGCACCGGCGGGGAGAUGGCGCCGAGCUCGAAAUCUGACCGGGGAGGAAACCGGAAAUGGGGCCCACGGGAUCACGUUAUCCGGCAACUGGACCGCGUAAAGAUUACAGGUCAGCUUUCCCCUCGGCUGUUCCGGAAGCUUCCACCUCGACUGUGUGUGUCUCUGCGCAACAUUGUAGAUGAGGAAUUUUUGCAGGCAGGUCACAUCUUCCUGGGUUUCUCCAAGUGUGGCCGAUUCGUACUGUCCUACACCAGCCACGUCCUGGAUGAUGAUUUCUCCUUCUACACUUAUCACCUCUACUGGUGGCAAUUCCACGUACACAGCAAGCUGCGGCUGGUACGGCAGGUCCGCUUGUUCCAGGAUGAGGAGAUUUACAGUGACCUUUUCCUCACUGUUUGUGAGUGGCCAAGUGACAGUUCAAAAGUCAUAGUAUUUGGGUUCAAUACUUCAGGUAAUGGGAUGUUAAUGAAUAUGAUGAGUGAUGAGAAUCAUCGUGAUAUUUAUAUUAGCAUUGUGUCUGCCCCAGCAACAUCCCCCUGCCCAGACUGCCGAGAGUCACAUACAGGUCCCUGUCUGCUGCACAGUUUUAUGCUUCACACAAAAUAUCAGGUGGUCUACCCGUUUCCCACUUUUCAACCUGCAUUCCAGCUCAAGAAAGACCAUGUUGUUCUGCUAAACACAAGCUACUCCCUUGUGGCUUGCGCUGUGUCUGUGCAUUCAGCAGGAAAUUCUGAACCUACUCAGAUUCUUUACAGCAAACGAGGCACCCAUCCAACACCCUCUAGCUGCUUUUCUUCAUCCAGCCCUUGUAAUUCUGUCAGCCGCUCCCCUCUUCCAUCUGACAGUUGCUCCAUUACUCCUCCUGGGACUCCCCCUGCAGUUACCCGUGCCAGGGAAUUUGUGGCUGGUAUUUUUCGUCGUGCCAGAGAAGCUUCAGGGAUUGACACCCAAGAUGGUGGUGAGAAACCUGGACCAAGUAGGGAAAGUCCCCCUCAUCCAACAGUUCCAGACUCCCCAACAUGGCAUCACCCUUCUGGUGAGACACCAGUAAGGCUCAGUAACUCUUCCGAGGAGCCUAGCUACGUCAACUAUACACGCCUCCGUUAUGUUUUGGGAGAGGUAACAGAAGCUGACCAGGAAAGUGAGUACGGCGAUGAUAAGAUAUCACUUCCCUUCCUUGUUACAGAUCUGAAAGGACAGCAACUAAAGCCCAUGAAGGAAAGGGUAUCAUUCCAGGGACAACACCUCGUUGUGGAGCAGCUGACUUUGGAUUUUGAAUAUGUGAUAAAUGAGGUAAUCCGGCAUGACGCCUCAUGGUCUCGGCAAUUCUGCUCUUUCAGUGACUACGAUAUUGUCAUCCUCGAGAUGUGUCCCGAUACCAAUCAGGUGAUAAUAAACAUUGGACUACUACUGCUUGCUUUUCCAGCCCCACAGGAUGAGGGUCAGGCAAGACCAAAAACUUAUCAUACCAGCCUGAAAGUUGCAUGGGAUCUGCACACAGGGAUCUUUAGAACGCUUAGUGUUGGUGACCUCACUGAGGUUAAAGGGCAAACAAGUGGCAGUGUGUGGAGUUCCUACAGAAAGAGCUGUGUAGAUACGGUCAUGAAAUGGCUGGUGCCGGAGAGCAGUGUGCGAUAUGUUAAUCGAAUGACGAACGAGGCUCUUCAUAAAGGCUGCUCACUCAAAGUUUUGGCUGAUAGUGUCAGAUAUACCUGGAUCGUGCUCUAACGUGGUACAUGUAUAUUUCCAAUCACUACCUCUGUGCAAGUCUCCCAGUGCAUCUCACUACGGAUCCCAUGGCGGGAGCUCAUUGGGCCUGCCUUAUUGUAUUCCAACAUAUGACUGUUUUAGCAGUGUGGGGCUGACCAGAGGGCUGUGGGAUACAUGCUGCUCAUUUGUGUGGUGUUAAGCAGAUUUUGCACGUCUGUAUGCAUAAUGUGGUGGCAUGGGAGUGGGAGGAUGUCUGACAUCCCCAACUGCAUUGUUUUAACCUUUUUUUUUUUUUUUCUUUGCUGAAGGGUUAAUAUACCUGCAGCUUCUCCUUUUAUUUUUAUUUUUCCUUGAACAUGAACAAAAGAAUUACUAUUUUUUAACAGCAUGUGUACAUAUAUAUAAAUAUAUAACAUUCCCCUAUGUUUUCUUGUGUUUUAUUCCCUCUGUACAAAAUUAAAUUCCAUUAUUUCA